AUGCCCAGCGUGGAGCGGUGGCAGACGCAGUACGUGCGCUACAAGACGCAGCCCGAGGCGCACGUCUGCGGCGGCGGCUGGGAGCUCGCGACCAGCCGGCGCUUUGCAGAGGAGCUCGCGCAGGAGGAGAGCGCCUUCCUGGAAGACACGCUUCUAUACAAUGGCCUGGCGCCCUGCCGCGUCACGCUGCGCAUUGUGGACGCGCCGGCCGAGUUCGCUGUGCCGGUGAAGCAGGACAGGCGCCUAACUCCAAAUUUUACUGUCCGCGUGGAGGUCCAAUUUCAAGACCGCUGCAGCUUCCCGCUGACCGUUAAGGCUUACGUCAUUGGGCAGCAGGAGAAGGACAGCGUGCCGGAGUGGGUGCCGGAGGACUUUCUUGACCCGGAAGCUGCGCCGCUGCGCAAGCCCAUCACAGAGCUGAAGGGCAACGUGUGCGUCACUCACAACUUUGACGGCACCGCGCGCGACAAU